UCCGCCAGACACCACUCCAAUCCACCAACCCCACCCUCCUCUCACGCGUGCCUUGGGCAGCGCCAAGUGGGUCUCGAAACUCGGAGGCCAUUUACUCUCUCACGCACAAAGUGUUUAGGGGGUGAGUCAGAUGGCUUCAUGACCCGCCGUCUCUACGAGAAGCUCCGUCUCGCGCUCCUCCUAGCCAGACCCACCCGCUUCCUCUCGCUCAAGCUCGUCCACCUCUCCCUCUCCACGCUCCACCUCUGCAGGUCCCUCGCACGCGCCCUUGCCUCCAAAACCCUAGCCCUAUUCACUAUGGAUGACAACUUCUUCUACUCCUCCUCCUCCUCCUCCGCCGCCGCCGACGACCUUUGGGACCUUGACUCCCACUACCGCUUCCGCCCUCAACGGCGCCUCCUCGACGAAGACGAAGACGACGAGGACGCCAAUGCCGUUGACAAGGUCUACUUGGUUCCCUACAGGUGGUGGAAGGAGUCGCAGCAGCGUGAUGAUGAUGAAGCAGGAGGUGUUUUAUACUCUGUGUCAUUGAGUGAUGACACUGGCUCCGAAAUUGUAUUGCAUUUGAGGAAGAAAGAGGAUUCUGGGAAAAGUGAUAAAGCAGGAGAAGGGUUUUCAAGCCGUGAGUACGCCUUGCUUCCUGAAGCAAUGUGGUUGCGGGCCCUCAAGUGGCAUAAUGAUCUUAGUGUAGCAGUGAAGGAUAUUGGCAGUCACUAUGGUGCAGGAGAUUCUUUGCAGGAUGUGUUUCCUAUACAAAUUAGGCUUUCUGUUUUGUGGGAAACAAAUUCAUUGGUGGUAAAAGUGAGCCAAAAGGACAAUGUGCUUGGUUUUUACAAGAGAGCCUGCAGCAUUUUCAGUUCCGAAUUUGAUCCUUUAAGCAUUUGGGACUUCUCAGGGCAGACAACCCAAUUUUUCCUGAAUGACAGAAUUAAUCUGCACAAUGAUUCUUCUGGACAAGCAGGCAAAGAGAUUCUUCUUGAAUUGCAAGUAUAUGGAUUUUCAGAUUCUCUAAAGGGUAGAGAUCAGAGGAAUGAUGAGAUGGCCCUAGUACAGUCCAAGAUGGAAGGUCCCUUUUGCAGCGACUCUUUUAAGAUGAAUCGGAGCACUGAUAUAGUGGAUUCUUUUUUAACUUUGACCAACUCUUCACAGAGUGGUGAUAGCUAUAGAGGAGCUUGUUCCUUGGGCUUGACAGGAUUACAAAAUCUUGGAAAUACUUGUUUCAUGAACAGUGCCAUCCAGUGCUUGGUGCAUACGCCAAAGCUUGUUGAUUAUUUCCUAGGAGACUACCAAAAGGAGAUUAAUUAUGAUAACCCUUUGGGGAUGAAAGGGGAACUUGCUUUUGCAUUUGGAGAUCUAUUAAGGAAGCUAUGGGUGCCAGGAGCAAGGCCUGUGGCUCCAAGGAUGUUCAAGUCAAAACUUGUUCAUUUUGCUCCUCAAUUCAGUGGUUAUAAUCAGCAUGAUUCUCAAGAAUUUCUUGCUUUCCUGUUGGAUGGACUCCAUGAAGAUUUAAAUCGUGUAAAAUGCAAGCCAUAUAUUGAAGCUAAGGAUAUUGAGGGCCAUCCGGAUGAAGAAGUAGCGGAAGAAUAUUGGAAGAAUCACCUUGCUCGCAAUGAUUCCAUAAUUGUUGAUGCAUGCCAAGGUCAGUACCGGUCAAUGCUGAUUUGCCCUCUUUGCAAGAAGGUAUCUGUCACAUUUGAUCCAUUUAUGUACCUAUCACUGCCAUUACCUUCAACAACAUUGCGGACUAUGACAUUGACAAUUGUGAGCACUGAUGGGAUUACAUUGCCAUCUGCGUAUACCAUAACUGUGCCAAAUAGUGGGAGACUCACAGAUCUUAUUGAGGCCUUAAGUGCUGCAUGUUCUUUAAGAGAUGACGAAACCCUGUUAGUGGCUGAGAUAGUCAUGAAUCGAAUUUUGAAUUGGCUGGAGCCAUCUGGUUCAAUAGCCUUGAUCAGAGAUGAUGACAGACUUGUUGCUUAUCGGUUACCAAAAGAUAGUGAGAAAUCCCCCUUGGUUGUCUUCAAGCAUCAACAGGUGGAAAAUUAUGGCAUUACCCCAAGGUGGAAGACAUUUGGCAUUCCACUUGUAGCAAGGUUGUCAGAUCUUUCUUAUGGAUCUGAUAUUCGUAAACAGUUUCUGCAAUUACUCAAUGCAUUUUUAUUGCCCAUUGAAGAUGUAUUAAAUGAUUAUGAUGAUGAUGUGGGAAAUCCUGCUAAUGAAGAUUCUGAAAUGGAGGAUGCAACUAGCUCUACAGUUUUGGAUACUGAAACUGGUUUGGACUGUGGAACACGAGAUGAGACACAGUUGGGUGCUGACUUUAUGUUCUACAAAGGACCAGGGUCCGAGAUAAAGAUGAAUGAGCCCGUACUGGUCUCAGGGUUGACCAAGGAGUUGGAGGUGCUUGUUUUAUGGUCAGAUAAGAUGAUUGAGAAGUAUGAUACAGGUCUUCUCAGCUCCUUGCCGGAGGUCUUUAAGCCCCAAAGGUUCAUGAGGAGGCCUCAAGAGUCUGUUUCUCUAUACAAAUGCCUUGAAGCCUUCUUAAAGGAGGAGCCUUUAGGACCUGAAGACAUGUGGUACUGCCCUAGCUGCAACAAGCCUCGGCAAGCCAUCAAAAAGCUAGAUCUCUGGAGAUUGCCUGAGAUUCUUGUUGUUCAUUUGAAGAGGUUCUCAUAUGACCGAUAUUUUAAGAAUAAGCUAGAAACCUUUGUUGAUUUUCCAGUUGAUGAUCUUGAAUUCUCAACCUACAUUGCCCACAAGAAUAGCCAGUUGUCUACUUGCUACAUGCUGUAUGCAAUUAGUAAUCACUAUGGAGGUUUGGGUGGCGGUCACUAUACAGCAUCUGUUCAUCUUGGCAAUGGUAUGUGGUUUGAGUUUGAUGAUGAGAAGGUUUUUCCUGUCAGUAAGGACAGGAUUAAGACAUCCGCUGCUUAUGUUCUUUUCUACAAGAGAGUCCCAGAUGUAUAAUCUUCAGAAAUUUUUAGUCAGUCCCGAUAAUUUGGAUGGAGGAGAAGGCUAGCAUUAGCUUUAUCUUUUCCUUUCUUUUUUCCCCCGAAACAUUUUAUAGGUUUCCUCUAGGAGCAAGGCUUUUUGUUGCAGCUUGGAAUGAAGGAGAUACAUAUGGAUAGAGCUUGGAAUGAAGAGGAUGCAUAUUAGCUUGGAAUGAAGAUUAUACAUAUGGAUUAGGAUUUGAAAAUCUUAAUCCGAAUACAUACAGAGGAAAAGGAAUAAAGAAUUCAAUACUGUACAGCUUUCAGUGGGAUCAGGUGAAUGGGGUUAGAUUGUUACCUCUUUUGUGAUACAUGUACAUAUCCUUCAUUGAAAGAAUUCUUUGUAUACCUAUCCAUUUUCAGAUGGGGAAAGUUUCUCCCCAAUUAUAUCGUUUGUUAAAUUUUUUUUAGUACA